AUGAUGCUCGUCGCAAUAGCCCAGCUCCUGCUUGCAAGCCAUGUCACAGCAGGCUUCAACCCCCCUGGUGUGCUGUCACCCUUACCGCCGAUGGGGUUCAAUAAUUGGGCCAGGUACAUGGGAGGGUUGAAUGAGUCCCUCUUCGUCGAUACAGCUGAGGCAAUGAUCGCCAAAGGUCUUCUCACAGCAGGCUAUAACCGCCUGAAUCUCGACGAUGAGUGGUCCCUGAUGGAGCGUCUGCCCAACGGCUCAAUGGCAUGGGACGAGGCCAAGUUCCCACGCGGCCUACCGUGGCUGACGGAUUUCAUAAAAUCCAAGGGCUUCAUCCCGGGCAUCUACACAGAUGCUGGGAACAAAUCCUGUGGUGGCUACCCUGGCGCGUAUGGGUACGAGGAGAUCGACGCUCGGGACUUUGUGGACUGGGGCUUCGAGUACCUGAAGCUGGAUGGGUGUAACAUGCCAGACACCACAGAAGGGACGUACAGGAGGGUGUACGGGAAGUGGCAUGACAUCCUCUCUGCAAUGUGGCCCAAGCAAAUGAUAUUCUCCGAGUCUGCCCCGGCAUAUUUCGCAGAAGCUGCCAAUCUCACCAGCUGGUACGCAGUGAUGGAGUGGGUCCCGCAGUACGGCGAGCUCGCAAGACACUCAAGGGACAGUCUGGUAUGGAACAGCACCAACUAUUGGCCAGACAUCACCGGCUGGGAUUCCGUCCUGUUCAACUACGGGCAGGAGGUCCGGCUGGCGCGAUUUCAGCGCCCUGGAUACUUCAAUGACCCGGACUUCCUCAAUGUGGACCAUUUUGACUAUACCCUGACCGAGAAGAAGAGUCACUUUGCCUUGUGGUGCAGUCUUUCGGCGCCCUUGAUCCUCAGCACGGAUCUUCUUAAUAUCACGGAUGCCGAGGUCGAAUACCUCACGAACAGGGACCUGAUAGCCGUGGAUCAGGAUCCCUUGGUGCAGCAAGCGACGUUGGUCAGCCAGGAUGGCAUCUGGGACGUGCUAACAAAGAGCUUGUACAACGGAGAUCGGUUGGUCACGAUGCUGAACCGCGGGAACGUAUCUGGAGACAUCCAAGUCUCUUGGGCCCGGAUUGGCAUUUUCCCUGACGAAUUGCCCACGCCGUCUUCGAUCAAUGUGAAAGACCUGUGGACGGGUCAGACGACAACAGUAUCUCUAGAUGCAGGCGGCAUCAAGGCUAUAGCUGUCCCGUCUCGUGGAACGGCCGUGUUCCGUCUUUCGAAUCCCUCGGUAGGAGACGGCAUCCGGACCUUUUCAACUGGACUGAUUUUCAACACCUUCUCGCUGAAUUGUUUGACUCACUCACUCUCUGGGUUUGCGACAUGGUCCAAAUGUCGCGGCAGCGAUGCUCAGGUCUGGAAGGUCAGGCCGGACGGGCACAUCAGCAGUCUAUCGAGCACGAAGCAGUGUCUGGCUGUCGACAGCCAGGGCCAACUUGUGUCUCGGGAGACAGGAUGCGCUGCCGGGAAGGAGAACAGAUGGGACUACUUCGUCUCUGGCAACCUGAUAAAUGCUGCAAGUGGCCUGUGCGUCACUGAGAGCCAGACCGGUGUCGUUGAUGGCAACGCAACAGCAACAGUGGCGCGCUGUGGGUACCUGACUAAUGAGCAGGUCGUCGCGCUGCCAGUAGGAGUAGCAUUAUGA